ACAUAUAUAAUAUCAUCACAAAAUAUAUUCACAUAAAUCAAACUAGUGAUCAGAACCGUCUCGAAAUUAUCCAAAAUCUGGGCAACAAAAUUGAAUUUUUAUGUAUCCCUCAUGUGUACACAAAAUAUAGGUAUAGUAUCCUCCUCUGCUUAAAUGAUAUAAUUCCAGAGUAUAAGCACAGCACAUUUGAGGAACCCAUUCGCUCAACUUAUAAAAAUUAUGUUAACAAAUUUGAAGAGAAGUAUCACAUUAAUAUCAGGAAGAAUAAUAAGAGGCUAUACGUAUUGAAAGAUAAAGUAUCAUACUUAAAAGAAAGAACUCAUAUAGUGGGCAUUUUGAAUGUUAACUAUGAUUCCUUUUCUGAUGGUGGUUUGUUUGUCGAUCCUGUGAAAGCUGUGGAAAGGAUGUUCGAAAUGACAAAUGAUGGGGCGAGCGUUAUUGACAUCGGGGGGGAAUCGUCCGCUCCUUAUGUGGUUCCCAAUCCGAGUGUCACUGAACGGGAUUUGGUCAUGCCCGUUUUGAAGCUGUUUAAGGAGGAGUGGCAUAAGCUGGAGAGCGAGGUCGGCGGUGGUACGGCAGGUUGCGCUACAAUAGGCGAUGACAAGAAAAAUGGCCAGCGAGACGCAGAGGAGAUCCUACAAAAAUUGAGGGACGCAAAACCGAUUGUAAGCAUCGAUACUGUCAAUUAUGAUCUGUUCAAAGAGUGCGUGGAAAAUGAAUUGGUUGACAUCCUAAACGAUAUCAGUGCGUGUACACACAACGCAGAUAUUAUAAAAUUAUUAAAAAGGAAAAAUAAAUUCUAUACCGUCGUUUUAAUGCACAAGAGGGGAAAUCCACACACCAUGGAUAAGCUAACAAAUUACGAUGAUCUUAUAAAUGACAUUAAAAAGUAUUUAGAAGAUCGAUUAAAUUUCCUCGUUCUCAAUGGGAUACCACGUUACCGAGUUCUCUUUGAUGUUGGCCUAGGGUUUGCCAAAAAACACGACCAAUCCAUUAAGCUGUUGCAGCAUAUUCACGUUUAUGAUGAGUACCCGCUGUUUCUUGGCUACUCGAGGAAGCGAUUUAUUGCCCACUGCAUGGGGAAAGGUGGCGCGACCAAUGGGGGCUUCGAACUGACGAACGGGGGCGCCAAACUGACGAAUGGUGACUCCAAACUGACGAAUGGUGACUCCAAACUGACGAAUGAUGACUCCAAACUGACGAAUGGUGACUCCAAACUGACUAACGGGGGCUCCAAACUGACAAAUGGUGACUCCAAACUGACUAAUGGUGACGCGUCACAACUGUGGAGGUUCAAAAUGAGCCACAUGCGUCAGGACAAGGAUCAGCUUUUGUACCAGAAAAAUAUUUGCGGCGGACUAGCCAUUGCUUCCUACAGCUUUUACAAAAAGGUGGACCUCAUCAGAGUUCACGAUGUGUUAGAAACCAAGGCAGUCCUGGAUGUGCUCGCAAGGAUACAUCAAUCUUAG